AAAGAAGAAAGAACUGAAAAGUUGCAGGAUGUUCCACAGGUCAAAGUACAUCUGCCUGGUUUGCUUUCUUCAACCACCCAGACUCGGUUGGUUGGAGUGUCCUCUCUCUUACCUGACAACCCAGGAGGGUUGGUGAGGAACAUGUCCUCACCUUUUCUUUGGAGCUUGAUUCUUUUAUUGACAUUUGCUGAAUUAGAUGGUGAAGCUGGAGGACUUGAGCUGCAGAGACAAAAAAGAAGUUCUGACCUCCAACAGCCUCGAAUGACUACAGAGAGGGGAAAUUUAGUGUUUCUUACUGGGUCUGCUCAAAACAUUGAAUUUAGAAGUGGAUCCCUGGGAAAAAUUAAAUUAAAUGAUGAAGACCUUGAUGAAUGUUUACAUCAGAUCCAGAAAAACAAAGAUGAUAUUACGGAUUUAAAAAGGAGUGCAAUUGGUCUACCACAAAAUAUUUCUAGUCAAAUCUAUCAGCUUAAUUCCAAGCUUGUGGAUCUUGAGAGAAAACUUCAAAGCUUACAGCAGACAGUUGACAGAAAGGUCUGCAGCAGCAAUCCCUGCCAAAACAGUGGAACCUGCCUCAAUCUUCAUGAUUCCUUUUUCUGUAUCUGUCCCUCACAGUGGAAGGGUCCUCUGUGCUCAGUCGAUGUUAACGAAUGUGAGAUUUACUCUGGAACACCCUUGGCCUGCCAGAAUGGAGCCACGUGUGUAAAUACAGCAGGGAGUUACAGCUGUCUCUGCUCACCUGAGACAUAUGGCCCCCAGUGUGCAUCCAAAUACGAUGACUGUGAAAGGGGCUCCACAGUGCUCUGCGUCCACGGCAUCUGUGAGGAUCUAGUCCGAGUGCAGGCUGGACAGCCCAAGUACAGCUGCAUCUGCAAUGCUGGGUGGAUGUCCCCGUCGAACAGCUCGGCCUGCACGCUGGACAGAGAUGAGUGCAGCCUCCAUCCUGGGCCUUGUUCAACACUUGUGCAGUGUUUCAACACUCCAGGCUCUUUCUACUGUGGGCCCUGUCCGACAGGCUGGCAAGGAAAUGGAUACAACUGCCAAGAUAUUAAUGAAUGUGAGAUAAAUAAUGGCGGUUGUUCUGUGGCUCCACCUGUUGACUGUGUGAAUACACCUGGAUCUUACCACUGUGAGGCCUGUCCACCAGGGUACCAAGGCAAUGGGAGAGUGUGCACACUCAUCGACAUCUGCUCCGUUGAUCAUGGAGGCUGCCACUCACAUGCGACGUGCUCCUCAGUUCUAGGUUCCUUACCUCUCUGCACCUGUCUCCCAGGAUAUACUGGAAAUGGUUACGGGCCAAAUGGAUGUGUGCAACUCAGUAAUAUUUGCCUGAGUCACCCCUGUCUAAACGGACAAUGCAUCGAAACAGUCUCUGGUUAUCUUUGUAAGUGUGAAGCAGGUUGGGCAGGUGUCAACUGCACGGAAAACAUCAACGAGUGUCUGAGCAACCCCUGUCUGAAUGGGGGAACUUGUGUCGAUGGUAUUAAUGCUUUCAGUUGUGAAUGCACACGUUUCUGGACUGGAUUUCUCUGUCAGAUUCCCCAGCAAGUGUGCGGAGGGUCCCUCUCAGGCAUGAACGGAAGCUUCAGCUAUAGGAGCCCUGAUGGUGAUUACGUUCAUGACAUUAAUUGCUUCUGGGUUAUCCGAACUGAAGAGGGAAAGGUACUGCGUAUCACUUUCACUUUUUUCCAGUUAGAAUCAGUGAGUAAUUGUCCACAUGAGUUCCUUCAGAUUCAUGAUGGAGACUCCUCAGCAGCAUUUCAGCUCGGAAGGUUCUGUGGCUCCAGACCCCCUAAUGAACUCCUCAGUAGUGACAAUGCUCUCUAUUUUCAUUUCUAUUCUGAACAUUUAAGAAAUGAGAGAGGCUUCACGAUAAGAUGGGAAACCCAGCAACCAGAGUGUGGAGGUGUACUGACUGGUACUUACGGUUCUCUUACGUCUCCGGGAUAUCCUGGAAACUAUCCCCCCGGAAGAGACUGUGUCUGGAAAGUUAUAACCAGUCCUGACCUCCUGAUAACAUUUACUUUUGGGACCCUGAGUCUGGAGCACCAUGAAGAUUGCAGCAAAGAUUAUCUUGAGAUUCGUGAUGGUCCUUUGUAUCAGGACCCUGUUCUUGGGAAAUUCUGCACCACAUUCUCUGUCCCACCACUGCAGACUACAGGGCCCUUUGCCAGAGUUCAUUUCCAUUCUGACAACCAGAUUAAUGACCAAGGCUUCCAUAUCACCUACUUAACAUCGCCUUCGGAUCUGCCUUGUGGAGGGAACUACACAGAUGCAGAGGGUCUUCUCUCUGCUGACUUGUCUGGACCUUUCACUCGCAACAGACAAUGCGUCUAUAUUAUAAAGCAGCCCCUGGGAGAACAAAUACAGGUCAACUUCACUCAUGUGGAGCUGGAAGGCCAGAGUGGCUGUUCUCAGAGUUACAUUGAGGUUCGAGAAGAUGAAACCUUACUUGGAAAAGUCUGUGGCAAUGAAACCUUCUCUCACAUUAAAUCCAUUGCUAAUAGUAUCUGGAUUAGGCUUAAAAUAGAUGCUUCUGUUGUAAGAGCCAGUUUCAGAGCUCUUUAUCAAGUCGCUUGUGGAGGGGAAUUGACUGGAGAAGGGGUCAUUCGCUCACCCUUUUAUCCUAACGUGUAUCCAGGAGAAAAGAUCUGUAGGUGGACCAUCCACCAACCCCAGAGCCAAGUAGUUCUUCUCAACUUCACUAGCUUUGAAAUUGGAAGUUCUGCCCACUGUGACACAGAUUAUGUUGAGAUUGGGAGCAGUUCCAUUUUGGGUUCUCCUGAAAAUAAAAAAUAUUGUGGCACAGACAUAUCUCCAUUUAUAACAUCCGUGUACAAUUUUCUUUAUGUCGUGUUCGUGAAAAGUUCUUCUACUGAAAAUCGUGGUUUUGUGGCUAAAUUCAGUACUGCAGAUUUGGCUUGUGGAGCAAUUCAUACAGAGUCAACAGGAACCAUUCAAAGUCCUGGCCAUCCAAAUGUCUACCCCCAUGGUGUCAACUGUACCUGGCAUAUAUUAGUCCAACCUGGCCACCUGAUUCGUUUGACAUUCAGGACAUUUAAUCUGGAGUUUCAUUACAAUUGUACAAAAGACUAUCUGGAAAUUUAUGACACUGGUUCUGAGAUAUUUCUUGGGAGAUAUUGUGGGAAAUCCAUCCCGCCUGUUCUUACUAGCAGUACCAACUCAUUAAUGCUUAUACUUGUGGCUGACUCUGACCUCGCUUACGAAGGCUUUUUAAUAAACUAUGAAGCCAUUGAUGCAUCAGCAGCAUGCUUGGAAGACUAUACAGAUGAAUCUGGGACAUUUACUUCUCCAAACUUCCCCAAUAAUUAUCCCAACAACUGGAAAUGCAUUUAUAGGAUCACGGUGGAAACCAGCCAACAGAUUGCAUUGCAUUUCACAAACUUCUCCUUGGAGGACGCCAUUGGUGGAACGUGUAUAGCAGAUUUUGUGGAAAUCAGAGACGGAGGCUAUGAAACGUCACCAUCCUUGGGAAAAUACUGUGGCUCGAAUCUCCCUCCAAGAAUCAUCUCUCACAGUAACAAACUAUGGUUAAAGUUUCAGAGUGACGCCUUGGACUCAGGGCCCGGAUUCUCGGCUUACUGGGAUGGAUCAUUAACAGGUUGUGGGGGCAAUCUCACCACUCCCACCGGCACGUUCACGUCUCCCAACUACCCCAUGCCCUACUACCACAGCUCCGAAUGCUCCUGGUGGUUGAAAGCCAGCCACGGCAGCCCGUUUGAACUGGAAUUUGAAGACUUCCACCUGGAGUAUCAUCCCAACUGCACUUUAGAUUAUCUGGCUGUGUAUGAUGGCCCAAGUACCAGCUCUCAUCUGCUAACUCAGCUUUGUGGGGAUGAGAAACCCCCUCCCAUCCGUUCUAGUGGAGACAGCAUGACUUUAAAACUGAGGACAGAUGAAGGUCAACAAGGAGGGGGCUUCCUGGCCAAAUACAAGCAGACAUGUACGAACGUGGUGAUUGUGAAUCGAGCCUAUGGCAUCUUAGAGAGUAUACAUUACCCAAAUCCCUAUUCAGCCAACCAGCGCUGCAACUGGACCAUCCAAGCAACAACUGGCAACACUUUAAAUUACACAUUUUUAGCAUUCGAAUUGGAAAAUCACGCAAACUGCUCCACAGACUAUUUAGAGCUCUACGAUGGCCCGCAGUGGAUGGGGCGCUACUGUGGAGCAGAUAUUCCGCUUCCAGGGAGUACCACGGGCUCCAAGCUCCAAGUGCUGUUCCAUACCGAUGGGGUGGGCCACCGUGAGAAAGGAUUUCAGAUGCAGUGGUUCAUUCACGGUUGUGGUGGGGAGUUCUCUGGGGCCACAGGCUCCUUCAGCAGCCCUGGGUACCCCAACACCUAUCCCCCCAGCAAGGAAUGCAUCUGGUACAUCCACGCAGCCCCGGGGAGCAGCAUUCAGCUCACCAUCCACGACUUCGACGUGGAGUACCAUGCAAACUGCCUCUUUGACGUCCUGGAGGUCUACGGAGGCCCUGAUUUCCACUCUCCCAGAAUAGCCCAGUUGUGUGCCCAAAGAUCGUUGGAGAAUCCCAUGCAGAUCUCCAGCACUGGAAAUGAACUAGCAAUUCGAUUUAAGACUGACAGCUCCGUAAAUGGGAGAGGCUUCAACGUCUCCUGGCUAGCAGUCCCUGGAGGUUGUGGUGGGGUUUUCCAGGCUCCCAGUGGAGAGAUUCAUUCCCCAAAUUACCCCAGUCCUUAUAGAAGUAACACGGAGUGUUCCUGGGUCAUUCGGGUGGAAAGAAAUCACCGUGUUCUUUUGAACUUCACUGACUUGGACCUUGAACCUCAGGACUCUUGUAUUGUGGUGUAUGAUGAUGUAACCCACACGACUACCCGCCUUGCCAGUGUGUGUGGAAGACAGCAGCUCACUAACCCCAUCACCUCUUCAGGAAACAGCCUGUUUGUGCGGUUUCGGUCUGGCCCUUCCAGACAGAGCAAAGGCUUCCGAGCUCGCUUCAGGCAAACCUGUGGAGGCCACAUCCUCACCGACUCAUUUGAUACUAUAUCCUCUCCAUUGUUCCCUGCCAAGUAUCCAAACAAUCAGAACUGCAGCUGGAUAAUUCAAGCUCAGCCUCCAUUCAAUCAUAUUACUCUCUCCUUCAGACACUUUGGACUUGAAAGCAGCACACCAUGUACAAAGGACUUUUUAGAAAUUUUGGAUGGCAGUUACGAUGACGCGCCCCUCCGAGGCCGCUAUUGUGGCACCUCCAUGCCCCAUCCCAUCACUUCCUUCAGCAACGCCCUCACGCUGAGGUUCAUCUCUGAUUCUAGAAUGAAUUUUGAUGGUUUCCAUGCUACAUACGCCGCAUCAUCAUCGGCUUGUGGUGGAAACUUCCACAUGGCUGAAGGCACGGUCAACAGCCCUGGCUACCCGGAAGUUUAUCCCUCUAAUGUGGAAUGUGUCUGGAACAUUGUCAGUUCCCCUGGCAACCGGCUCCAGCUGUCUUUUAUAACUUUCCAGUUGGAGGAUUCUCCGGACUGUAGCAGAGAUUUUGUGGAGAUCCGGCAAGGAAACGCCACUGGUCACUUGGUGGGACGAUACUGUGGAAGCGUCCUCCCCCUCAAUUACUCGUCCAUUCUUGGGCAUGUCCUGUGGAUAAGAUUUGUCUCAGAUGGUUCAGGCAGUGGCACAGGCUUCCAGGCCACGUUUACUAACAUAUUUGGCAAUGAUAAUAUUGUGGGAACUCAUGGGAAAGUUGCCUCUCCCUUAUGGCCUGGAAAUUACCCCCACAACUCCAACUACCAAUGGAUAGUGAAUGUGGACGAGUCUCAAGUUAUCCACGGGAGCAUCUUGGAGAUGGACAUCGAAGCAGCAAAUUACUGCUAUUAUGACAAAUUAAGGAUUUAUGAUGGGCUUGGCGUUCAUUCCCGCCUAAUUGGGACUUACUGUGGUACCCAGACCGAAUCUUUCAGCUCCAGUAGAAAUUCUUUGACAUUUCAGUUUUCUUCUGACUCUUCAGUCUCAGGGAAAGGAUUUCUUCUGGAGUGGUUUGCAAUGAAUGUCUCUGCUGGACCUUUACCUACUAUUGCUACAGGUGCUUGUGGUGGAUUCCUGAGGACAGGAGAUGCGCCGGUCUUUCUUUUCUCCCCAGGCUGGCCUGAAAGAUACAAUAAUAGAGCUGACUGUAUGUGGCUUAUUCAGGCUCCAGAUUCUACUGUAGAACUCAACAUCCUUUCCAUGGACAUUGAAGCUCACAGAACCUGCAACUUCGAUAAACUUGUGAUAAGAGAUGGAGACGAUAACUUGGCCCAGCAGCUAGCAGUUCUCUGUGGCAGAGAGAUCCCUGGACCCAUUCGGUCUACUGGAGAGUACAUGCUGCUCCGGUUCACCUCCGACUUCAGUGUAACCGGAGCCGGCUUUAAUGCAUCCUUUCACAAGAGUUGUGGCGGAUAUUUGCAUGCAGACAGAGGAAUUAUCACAUCACCCAAGUACCCGGAGACGUAUGCUCCCAAUCUCAACUGCUCUUGGCAUGUCCUGGUCCAGAGUGGUCUGACCAUCGCUGUCCAUUUUGAACAGCCCUUCCAGAUCCCAAAUGGAGAUUCUUCCUGCAACCAAGGGGAUUACUUAGUGCUAAAAAAUGGACCUGAUAUCUAUUCUCCACCCUUGGGACCCCGUGGAGGAAAUGGUCAUUUUUGUGGCAGUCGUCCUUCAUCCACUCUCUUCACCUCAGAUAAUCAAAUGUUUGUUCAGUUUGUUUCUGAUAAUAGUAAUGGAGGGCAAGGAUUUAAGAUCAGAUAUGAGGCAAAGAGUUUGGCCUGUGGGGGCAAUAUCUACAUCCAUGAUGCAGAUUCUGCUGGAUAUGUGACCUCCCCCAACCACCCUGACAAUUAUCCCCAGCAUGCUGAUUGCAUUUGGCUCAUAGCUGCUCCUCCUGGAAAGCUCGUAAGACUGCAGUUUGAAGGUCAAUUCAAUAUCGAAGUAACACCCAACUGUACGUCCAAUUACCUCGAGUUGCGAGAUGGAGCCGAUUCAAAUGCACCAGUACUUUCCAAGCUUUGCGGGACGUCGUUGCCCAGGAGUCAGUUGUCCUCAGGGGACAUGAUGUAUUUGAGAUUUCGGUCUGACAGCAGCCCCACUCAUGUGGGAUUCAAGGCCAAGUAUUCUAUAGCCCAGUGUGGCGGAACAGUGACAGGGCAAAGUGGUGUUGUUGAAAGCAUCGGAUACCCAACCCUUCUGUAUAGAGACAAUUUAUUCUGUGAGUGGCAUCUCGAAGGUCCCUCAGGACACUAUCUCACCAUCCAUUUUGAAGACUUUAACCUCCAGAAUUCCUCUGGCUGUGAAAAUGACUUUGUGGAGAUCUGGGAAAACCAUACCUCUGGAAAUUUAUUGGGCAGAUACUGUGGAAACACCAUUCCUGACAGUGUAGACACUUCCAGCAAUGUGGCUUUGGUCAGGUUUGUCACAGACGGCUCUCUUACUGCCUCAGGAUUCAGAUUACGAUUUGAAUCCAGCAGGGAAGAGUGUGGUGGGGAUCUACAGGGCCCUAUCGGAACAUUUACGUCUCCCAACUACCCCAAUCCCAAUGAGCAUGGCCGGGUCUGCGAGUGGAGAAUCACCGGGCAGGAAGGAAGGCAGAUCACCUUAACUCUUAACAACCUGAGGCUGGACGCUCAUCCAUCCUGCAACACUGAGCGUCUGACAGUGUUCAAUGGCAUUAGAAGUAACUCACCUCAGCUAGAGAAACUGUGUAGCAGCGUGAACGUCAGCAACGAGAUCAAAUCUUCAGGAAAUACUAUGAAAGUCAUUUAUUUCACUGAUGGAUCCAGGCCAUAUGGAGGCUUCUCUGCUUCCUACACAUCCAGUGAAGAUGCAGUGUGUGGCGGGUCUCUUGCAAAUUCUCCUGAAGGAAACUUUACUUCUCCUGGCUAUAAUGGAGUCAGUAAUUACUUGAGAAACCUAAACUGUGAAUGGACUGUCAGCAAUCCAAAUCAGGGAAAUUCAUCCAUCUUCAUUCGUUUUGAGGAUUUUUACCUAGAAAGUCACCAAGACUGUCAGUUUGAUGUCCUAGAGUUCCGAGUGGGUAAUGCUGAUGGGCCUCUGAUGUGGAGGCUUUGUGGUCCUUCAAGCCCUGCAAUGCCAUUGGUUAUACCUUAUCCUCAGGUAUGGAUACACUUUGUCACCAAUGAACGUGUAGAGCAUGUUGGCUUCCAUGCAGAGUACUCCUUUACAGACUGUGGUGGAAUACAGACAGGUGAGAGUGGAGUAAUCACAAGCCCCAACUAUCCAGCCUCUUAUGACAGCUUGACCCACUGUUCUUGGUUAUUGGAAGCCCCACAAGGCCACACCAUCACUCUUACAUUUACUGACUUUGAUAUUGAAGCCCAUUCAACCUGUGCUUGGGACUCUGUGACUGUCAGGAAUGGUGGCUCUCCUGGAUCGCCCAUAAUAGGACAAUACUGCGGAAGUUCAAAUCCCAGGACGAUCCAGUCUGGUUCCAACCAGCUGGUGGUGAUUUUUAACUCGGACCACUCGGUGCAAAAUGGUGGAUUUUAUGCUACGUGGAGCGCACAAACCUUAGGUUGUGGUGGAAUAUUUCAUUCAGAUAAUGGUACAAUCAAAUCCCCCCGCUGGCCUCAGAAUUUUCCCGAAAACAGCAGAUGUUCCUGGACGGUCAUUACUCACGAAAGUAAACACUUGGAGAUCAGCUUUGACAGCAACUUCCUAAUCCCCAGUGGUGAUGGACAGUGUCAGAACAGCUUUGUGAAGGUGUGGGCAGGAACGGAGGAGGUCGACAAAGCCCUGUUAGCCACAGGCUGUGGGAACGUGGCUCCCGGGUCCAUCAUCACACCACGAAACGCAUUCACUGCCGUGUUCCAGUCUCAGGAGGCUCCAGCUCAGGGCUUCUCUGCAUCCUUUGUAAGCCGAUGUGGGCGUAAUUUCACUAAUCCUUCAGGUUACAUCGUUUCUCCAAAUUACCCAAAGCAAUAUGACAACAACAUGAAUUGCACCUACCUCAUAGAGGCUGAUCCUCUGUCUGUGGUCCUUUUGACUUUUGUGUCUUUCCAUUUGGAAGCUCGCUCUGCCGUGACGGGAAGCUGUGUCAAUGACGGCGUGCACAUUAUCAGGGGUUACAGCUUAGCUUCCACACCCUUCGCCACUGUGUGUGGCGAUGAGAGCCUGUCUCCUGUCUCCAUCUCUGGUCCAAUGCUGCUUAACUUCUACUCUAACGCACAUACCACGGACUUUGGAUUCAAGUUUUCCUACAGGAUAACCUCCUGUGGUGGUGUGUUCAACUUCUCCACGGGAACCAUCAAGAGCCCUGCCUAUUCAUACUCAGACUACCCCAACAAUAUGUACUGUCUGUAUAGCAUCACCGUGAGAGAUGACAGAGUGGUUCAGCUCAAGUUCAGUGAUUUUGACGUGGUUCCCUCCACUUUCUGCUCCCAAGACUACCUGGCAAUUCAUGAUGGUUCUAACAUCAGUGAUUCUCUUCUUGGCAAAUUCUGUGGUUCCAAACUUCCAGCAAAUGUUAAGAGCAGCAAUAAUAGUAUGCUCCUGGUGUUCAAGACAGAUUCAUUUCAAACAGCAAGAGGUUGGAAGGUAUCUUUCCAGCAGACACUGGGGCCUCGGCAGGGAUGUGGCGGUUAUCUGACAGGCUCAAAUUAUUCCUUUGCCUCUCCUGAUUCUGAUUCGAAUGGAAGAUACGACAAGAGUUUAAACUGCAUAUGGUUCAUAACUGCACCUAUAAACAAACUAAUUAAACUCACCUUCAAUACCUUUGCUCUGGAGGCAGCAACUACUUUGCAAAGAUGCGUUUAUGACUAUGUAAAGUUAUAUGAUGGGGAUAGUGAAAAUGCCAACCUGGCAGGAACAUUUUGUGGUUCCACUGUACCUGCUCCCUUUGUCUCUUCUGGUAACUUCCUUACGGUUCAAUUCGUCAGUGACCUAACUUUAGAAAGGGAAGGAUUUAAUGCUACCUAUACCAUUGUGGACAUGCCUUGUGGUGGAACAUAUAAUGCAACUUGGAGCCCACAAAGUAUUUCAUCACCCAAUUCAUCAAACCCAGAGGUCCCAAUUUCCAUCUGUACUUGGGUCAUUGAAGCUCCUCCACAUCAGCAAGUCAAGAUAACUGUGUGGGCCUUAGAGCUGCAAUCUCAAGACUGCCGCCAGAAUUACUUAGAGUUCCAGGACUCACCGGAGAGCAAUGGAAAUCUAGGAAUUCAGUUCUGUGGCAGAAAUGCGUCCACGGCACCCACGUUUUAUUCUUCCAUGACUACUGCAAUUGUCAUUUUCAAAUCUGAAGCAUUUAGCAGAAACUCGAGAGUGGGUUUCACCUAUCAGAUUGCAGGUUGCAACAGAGAAUACAACAAGGCAUUUGGCAAUCUGAAGAGUCCCGGAUGGCCGGAUAAUUAUAACGAUAACAUGGAUUGCACUGUUAUUCUCAGAGCCCCACAGAACCACACGAUUUCCCUCUUCUUUCAUUCGUUUGGAAUCGAGGACUCAAGCGAAUGUAGACAUGAUUUCUUGGAGGUAAGAAAUGGAAGUUUUAGCAGUUCACCAUUACUCGGCACGUAUUGUGGAACUCUGCUGCCAAAUCCGGUCUUCUCUCAGAAUAAUGAGCUAUACCUACGAUUUAAGAGUGACAGUGCAACUUCCAGCCAUGGAUAUGAAAUUAUCUGGACCUCAUCACCCUCUGGCUGUGGCGGAACCCUUUAUGGAGACAGGGGCUCGGUCACCAGCCCUGGCUACCCCGGCACGUACCCAAACAACACUCACUGCGAAUGGGCCCUCAUUGCUCCUGCGGGAAGACCUGUUACCGUCAGCUUUCCCUUUAUCAGCAUUGACGAUCCUGGAGACUGCGUCCAGAACUCUCUCUUACUCUAUGAUGGACCGGAUGCUAAUUCUCCAUCCUCUGGACCAUACUGUGGUGCAGACUCUAAUGUAGCUCCCUUUGUGGCCUCCUCGAAUCGGGUCUUCAUAAAAUUUCAUGCAGAGUAUGCAGCGCGCCCGUCAGCAAUCCGAUUAAUUUGGGACAGUUAAAUUCCGCCAUCUUGACACAUGACCCCUGCCUGUGCCACUGAGGAUAAUUUGAACUUUUACAUUUUUCACCAAAAUAUGUGUGGAAUCAAUAUUUGUAUAUAUGUUUUUGAAUGUAGAAUGCAGCCUCUUUAGUCUUAGCUGUCCAUGUCAUCCUCACUUCUAAUAUUUUGAGCUGAAAAAUUUCAAGAACUUAAAGAGUUGGAAAUGAUUAUGGCAUAUGUGAUGUAAAUUUUCCACAGUGAACGAUAAAAGAGAAGUCUGAUUUUGACCGUGAAUGUCAAAUUAUGCAUAAUAAACGUUAUUGAAUUGUACACAA